AUGAUUCUUUCCCAUAUCGACGAUGUCUUGAUUUGGUUAAAUCUCGCGUCUUUGAUGUUCACACCGUUUUUGCCCUUCGCUUGCGCAUUGGAGGGAAAAUACCCGGAGAAAUUCUUCCCAGUUUUGCUGAUAUGUAGCGACAUGGCGAUCAUAGAAGUUCUUGAAGUUUUCAUGAUCUUGUAUUCUUUUCGCCACGUUGAUUUGCUCACCGAUGAGCUCCAAGAGCUACCGGAGAGAAAAAUGAAGGAACGUAGAGACUACAUGCUAGCGAAGAAAAUUCUCAACACACUGUUGUACGUGAUAGCAGCUUUCGUGAGCAACGUUAACGCCAUUUCCGCUUGGGUGUUAAUUUCCAUAGUCAUUGUCACGCCAUGCAUACACCGAUUUAUUGGAAUUGUUCUUCGAAAGUGUAACGCAAUCCGCAUGCUUGGACCUGAAUUUGACCUCAUGUUUGGUAACUACAUUGAUACAGAGAGAGUAGAAUGUUUCAGCGAUGGAGUAUUCUCCAUUGUUGCCACCCUCUUAGUGCUUGACAUAACUACGGAAAAUUUCCCCAAGGAAGCGGAUAUCGAUAAAGAUGGACUUGGUACAACUGUGAGGAAUUUAUGGCCCAGCUUCCUUGUGUACAUAACGACAUUCAUAGUAAUUGCAUUCUUGUUUUUUGUUCACCAUUCUCUGUUCCACUGCAUCGAAAAAAUGAAUCAAGUCAUGUUGGUUGCCAACAAUAUUUCCUUGGCCUUCAUUGGCUACUUCCCCUUCUUUGUUGCCUGUAUUCAACAAGUAUGUUGA